AUUGAUAUACAUCAGUUAAGAUAUAUUCUAACAAGACACCACUCUGGGAGCACACGUUAUGAGACUAAGUCGACAAGGAAGAGUUUCAGAAUUUCACAAUGGGUUCGGCAUGGCAGAAGCGUGACGUAUGAACAGGGCUUUAUACAUCAUAUUACGUAUAACACUUCGUACCUACACACCGUAGAGUUGUACUUAUGCUUUCCAAUCAGCUAAUAUGACAGCUGAGUAGUGUUCAGAAAUCUCUUAUCCAGAAUUAUUUGCGUUGAUAAAGAACCUUUAGUAAGUAAAUGUUGUUGUUAUCUUUUACAGUAUAUCGUGAAUGGGGUUUGCAAAUGGUAAAAUUGCGCCAUUUUGAAGCGAUAUAAAGACUCGCUUUGUUAAUCUUACCUUGUCUAUUAGAUUUUAUUUUUUGAAGAAACAACGUCAAACAAUUGAUCAUGCCGGUUAUGGAUGAUGCAUUUCGAUGGAAUGGACAGAAAUCCAUAUUUAUCUAUAUAAACAAUAAUAAUCCAUAAGUUCAAUAUUUUUCGAUAAUAAUCGAUAAUAAUGCAUACUUGCACAAUUUCACGUUAUCAAUUUCUAUUGAUUUCCGAUAUUAAUCGAUUGAUUGAUAUUGAUUGUUAUCGAUUACUAUUGAUUAUCGAAAUUAUGGUAGGGCCAGGGCUUAUUCCAAGAAUAAACAAUAAGAUGCUGAUGAUGUGGUUUGAUGCUAAUUUUUGUCAGUGGUACUUCUUCAAGACGAGAGUUUAUUUUUGGCGUUGGACCAUGUGUUUUAGCCCUUUCCAGUGGACGGAGAAAAGUUUUCAAGAUAUAUAUGAAUGAAGAGGCCAAUAACACUGCAAGCAGACCUGAAUUUGAGAGAGUUCUAUCAUUAGCAGAGAAGAAAGAAAUUGAAGUUGUCCUCACAUCUAGAAAAAAGCUAACAAGAUUAAGUCAGGGUAGACCGGCCCAGAAUAUUGUUAUGGAAGUUUCCUGUCUCCAUUUUUGUCAUUUUAAUGAAGAGGAUGAUGAGUUACAAAGUAUUGCCAGUUUGCAUCCACUUGUGCUGGCUCUUGAUGAAAUUCAGGACCCUAUGAACUUUGGUGCUAUCAUCAGGACAAGCUGGCUGUUAGGAGUGGACAAGAUAGUGGUACCAAAACAAAAUAGUGCUCCUCUUUCACCUGUGGUAAGUAAAGCCAGUGCUGGUGCAAUGGAAGUCUUCAAUGUUUAUCAAACUCCAGACCUGCCAAAGUUUUUACAGGAGAGAGCUGCUAUUGGAUGGGAUGUCCUAGGGGCUGUUCAACCAAUCACAGAUGACUCUCACCAUCGUCCAGUUAAUUGUGCUGAGUAUUCACUAUCAAAACCUACAGUAUUAGUGCUAGGAAAUGAAGGAAGGGGCCUGCGAAAUACAGUUCAGCAGCAAUGCACACAGUUAUUAUCUAUCUACCCACACCAUGCCCAAAAUAGUUUCCAAUCGAUUGAUUUGGACUCCUUCAAUGUCUCUGUUGCAGCAGGGAUCCUGGUGUUUUCUUUAUUAAAGAACUCCUAUUCUACUCAAGAAAAAAAAUCUAUUGUCUAGAUAAAAGAUAUGUGGUAGAUGGGGUUGUGUAUUAACCAAUUCCCCCCUGUAUAGUUUUGAGCAAAAUUUUGAAAAAAGAAAAUAUGCCUCAAACCUUC